GAAGCCGCGGGGCGGGCCUGCGCGCACGAUGCCGUCUCCCGGAGGCCUGUAAAGGCCCUCGCCAGCCGCGCGCCCUCCUCCCGCCCCGGGCUCCGGCUGCCGCCGCUACCGCGCCCCACGCGGAGGCCGCGGCUGCAACCGGGAAGGUCGGAGGGAGGGUGGUUUCCUCCCGCCCCACACCCAGUCUCCGAGCCGGAUAUACAGAGUGUCACGUUUGGGAGCCCAACGAGGAGAGCGCUCUCCCUGCGGCGGGAGUACCUGCCGGGGCCUCGGGGAAGGACUGGGAUUUACAGGACCACUAGUUGAACCCCACCGCGUCGGAGGAGCAGGAACCUCUUUCCGGAGCUAUAAAAGACAAAGAGAAGAAUCAUGUCCAUGAUUGCAGCUUUCUAUGGUGGCAAGUCCAUUCUCAUCACUGGGGCCACAGGCUUCAUGGGCAAAGUGUUGAUGGAGAAGCUGUUUCGCACCAGCCCAGACCUGAAAGUCAUUUACAUCCUUGUGAGGACCAAGGCUGGCCAGACUACGCAGCAGAGGGUUUUCCAGAUCCUAAAUAGUAAGCUGUUUGAAAAGGUCAAAGAAGUCUGUCCAAAUGUGCAUGAGAAGAUCAGAGCGAUCUACGCAGAUCUCAAUCAGAAUGACUUCGCCAUCAGCAAGGAGGACAUGCAGGAGCUUCUCUCCUGCACGAACAUUAUCUUCCACUGUGCGGCCACUGUGCGCUUUGAUGAUCCUCUGAGGCAUGCCGUGCAACUUAAUGUCACUGCCACCCAGCAGCUCUUGCUUAUGGCCAGUCAGAUGCCAAAGCUUGAAGCCUUCAUACAUAUCUCUACAGCCUUUUCAAAUUGUAACCUGAAGCACAUCGAUGAAGUCAUCUAUCCAUGCCCUGUGGAGCCAAAAAAAAUCAUCGACUCCAUGGAGUGGUUAGACGAUGCUAUUAUUGAUGAGAUCACACCCAAGCUGAUUGGGGAUCGGCCCAAUACUUACACAUACACCAAGGCCUUGGGAGAAAUGGUGGUGCAACAAGAGAGUGGGAACCUAAACAUUGCCAUCAUAAGGCCGUCCAUUGUGGGAGCAACCUGGCAGGAGCCUUUCCCGGGUUGGGUUGAUAACUUAAAUGGACCUAGUGGACUCAUUAUUGCGGCCGGGAAAGGGUUUCUCCGGUCCAUAAGAGCUACUCCGAUGGCAGUGGCAGAUUUAAUUCCAGUUGAUACAGUUGUCAAUCUCACCUUGGCCGUAGGAUGGUACACAGCAGUUCACAGACCUAAGUCAACAUUAAUCUACCACUGUACGUCUGGUAACUUCAAUCCUUGUAACUGGGGCAAAAUGGGAUUCCAAGUCUUGGCAACCUUUGAAAAAGUCCCAUUUGAGAGAGCUUUUAGGAGGCCGAAUGCGGACUUCACAACCAAUACCAUCACAAGCCAGUACUGGAAUGCAGUCAGCCACCGAGCCCCUGCCAUCAUCUACGACUUCUAUCUACGGCUCACAGGAAGGAAGCCCAGGAUGACAAAGCUCAUGAAUCGGCUGCUAAGAACAGUGUCCAUGCUGGAGUAUUUUGUCAACCGGAGUUGGGAAUGGAGCACAUACAAUACGGAAAUGCUGAUGUCUGAGCUGAGUCCUGAAGACCAGAGAGUAUUCAACUUUGAUGUGCGCCAGUUGAACUGGUUGGAAUACAUUGAAAAUUAUGUUUUAGGAGUUAAGAAGUACUUACUGAAAGAGGAUAUGGCUGGGAUCCCAGAAGCAAAACAACAUUUGAGAAGGCUCCGAAAUAUUCACUACCUCUUUAAUACUGCCCUCUUCCUCAUUGCCUGGCGCCUUCUCAUCGCACGAUCUCAGAUGGCUCGGAAUGUCUGGUUCUUCAUUGUGAGCUUCUGUUAUAAAUUCCUCUCCUACUUUAGGGCAUCCAGCACACUUAAGGUCUAAGAACAUUCAGCAAUCUCCUUUUAUCUGGAAUCUCCUGGAUACCUCCAAAACAGCAAACUGUGGUUCUUAAGAUUAGGAAGUAACAAAGAAUAUGCCCAAGCUCAUUAACUGUCAAACGUCUUGUCAUGUAUUCAUCCUUAUUUCUUCCCUAUGUAUUGUUUUCAUUUAGGUGAGAAAAGGAAAGUCAUAUCUUAGCCUACAAUCAUACAUAUCUUAGGAAAAUUUAUUUCCAGAUUGCCUCCUAACACUCUAUGCCCUUGAACAUAAAACACCAAAGUACAUCUGUCUGUUGGUAUUUAGGGUUUUUUUUUUUUUUCUUGAGAGGACUAAUUUUGACUAAAUGAACAUGGAAUAACAUACGACGGAAGCUGAAAUAUGCUAAAGAAAGGCAGUUCUAACCUUGGAACCAUUCCAGGGGUACCCAGUAGAAAAGUUUAAAAUCAAGAUUAAGGGACACCUGGGUGGCUCAGUUGGUUAAGUGUCUGACUCUUGAUUUUGGCUCAGGUCAUGAUGUCAGGGUUUGUAGGCUCGAGCCCCAUAUUUUGCUCCGCACUGACAGCAUGGAGCCUGCUUGAGAUUCUCUUCCUCUCUCUCUCUGCCUCUUCUCCACGUACACACACGCGCGCGUGCGUGUGCUCUCUUUCACAAAAAUUAACAUUAAAAAAGAUCAAGUAGAAGAAUGAUCUCUGCAUCCUCAGAUAUACCAUAAAAGAAAUAAUCCUCCACUGAAAUCUCAGCCUUUUUUUAUGUGUUAUACCAUGGAGACCUGAGUGAAGGCUGAGAGAAUUAGAAAAGUGGGCUCACAUUUAGCAUUUCCCUCAACUAUACUUCUGAAAUCUAAAAAACAAAAAAUAAAACAAGAGGUUUAAGUAAUUAUGUACAGAAUGAGGGCUCAAGUGUAUUUGCACUAGGACUACUUACUAUGCUUGUAAAAAUUAGUUCUUAUAAUUUCAAUCUGACAACUAUUAUUUCUAAAUCUUUUCAAUUACCCAUUUUCCUGAUGACCUUCUCUCAAGAGUUUCCUUCUCUUUUAUUGAAGUCACCCUUAUAUUUAAGCUUAUUUUGCUCAGGCCUCAGUGACUAAUGGGAGGAGGGUACUAGGCUAGAAUCCUAAAAAACCAGUCCCUGGAUCUUUGCCAAUGAGAAAGCAAAAUUCCAAAUACAAGUGUAAAUGCUAGUUUUAGUUUUUUGUAUAGUGGGAAAAUUACUCCUCUGUGAUCAUCAAGACUUACUAGUAUCUUGAUCAUCCCAAGUGGACAACGUUAACUGUACAAUGUACAGCAGAAGAUGACAGACUUCACUAAGUGACUUUACGUUUAGAGAAUAGGUGUUGUUUUGUUUAAAAAUGUUUUAUGUAUACUAUCAAUGAAUUAAUAGUUUUUGUUCCCAAAUUCCUAUAUUAAUAAUAUAGCUGUUAUCCUGACUUUCAUCUUAUUUGAGAUAUCAGUGCAUGCUGGAUUGCAGCAUUUCAUGUUAAAAACAUGAAAUAUUAUUAUAUAGUAUUUGGGGCCUAAGCAAUUAAUCAUAACUACUGGCAAAUGACACAAGCAUAAAAUGGUAACAAUGGCAGUUACUUAUAUUUAUGCUCUCUGGAAUGAUAUGUAAUACUCAGAAAGCACAUUCACGUAGUUAAGUGCACAGGGCUUGAAGGCAGCUUCUAGCCUGGUAUUACUUGAGAUUUUUCUGAACACCAUAAAGGGCAUUUGGGGGGAACUGUUCUGGGCAAUGUCUUUUCCAAUCUCAUCUAAGGUCUGGGAACUUCUUUCCAGGGCAUACAACCCAGCUCUGAAACAAAGCACUUGGUGAUUUUUAGUUUGAGAUGUCUAUAUGAUACUUCUGAGUUACAUUGAUUAAGAUACAAACUAUAGAUAUAAUAAAAAUGAAAUCAAGAUAUAAAUUCAAUGAGGUUGGAUAAAACAUAAUUAUUCUAAGAAUUUACUUUUGUUUUUUGUUUUCACUAAUUCCAUAAAUUCCACUAAUCCAGUAUUCAUUUUGAUUUUUGAUUAAAUGAAAGUUUGAAUUAAAAAUGUUUUCCUCUUCUAGUGUUGUAUCUUUAACUGCUGACUACUACAGAUCUCCUCCCUCCCCUGAGAAAAAGAUAUAAUCUUCCAAAGAAGAUUACCAGAUGAAUAUAAAUUAACACAUAGAUACAUAAUGCUUCACUUUUUUCUGACACCAUUAAUAGGUUACAUUUACAUGCUGGAAGCAUCUUUUAUCUGUGGCAUUAAAGAAAUCACAUGACGUCUAAGCAGUCAAAAUAGGUAUCUGUAUGAAAGAAAAUCCCUAAUUAUUUUAUAUCAAGACCAACUGACAAUUAUUUGAAUGUCUAAUACAUACAAUGCAAUGAGAAAGAGCCUUCUACUUUUGGGGAGAAGGGGACAGAUAAUAACUACAAAGGAGAGGCAUCUACAUUAAAAAAGAAGUUUUGGUAAUUCCUGUAUUCUGUAGCCACAACAUACCUGAUACAGUAAUGAAUAUUUCAGAGUUUAAGACAGUCCCCACCUAAAGAAAUUAAUACUGAAAAAGCCUGAGGCAGAUGGACAUACAACUCCAAAAAACAUUUCUUACAAUUUUACACUAACUCGACACCAUCAUCUCCAGUCAACAUCUCAUUCAAAUAGCUGAUUUAGAAUCUGAGAGUAAACAGACCGAUCUGAGAAGGGACUAAUCCCCAAAUAGUGUGUUCUGUUAUCUCACAAUGAAUGUAACAAAGUAGGUCAGCCUAAAGUUUCCAAAAACAUCAGUAAUUUUCAAAGCUCACAAAAAUUACAUGUAAAUUCCCACAUGUCUAUUUUUCUAGAAGUAUGAAUCUAACAAUUAUGUUCUGGAAACAUGGACAACUAUCUGUAGUAAAAAGGAAAUGGUUGUCCCAUAUGCUCACAUAGAGAGGUAAGGAAAAAUGCUCACUGCUUACUUUGUAAAAACAUAUUUUUUUAAUUUACCCAAAAUAAAACUAGAAAUUGCUGAUUUUCCGAUGUAACUGGCUUGAGAGGCAGUAGUGAAGAUACAGUUAUGGCAAAGGACACUUAAAUGAAAUUGAGUUUUAACAGCUAGAAACAGUUCUGAUACACAAGUAAAAAGUUUAGGUGUGGCCUUACUUUACUUGAAUUACUGAUCCUAAUCUGGAACUGUGACUAAGUAGGGAAACAUGAGGCUGAUCAACUGUGUCAAUUUUACUCUAA